AUGUCUCAGCUGCCCAUGUUUUCCCGAUCUUCCUUGCUUCUGCUUUGCAUCCUGGCUACCACUCUGCUGACCUCGGGGUACCCUCGACCUCUUCUACAGCUCAGCAGUCCAGACAAUUCAGAUGAGGUGACAGAAGAUGACUAUGAUGUCCACCUUCCCUAUUUCUCACUUCACAACUGGGGAAUUGAGCUGACGUCAGCACCUGGCCUCAUGGCAGCAGCCAAUAGCAAGCCACGUUUAAUUGGUAGGGUGUGGCUGUCUGGUCCCAAGUCCCAGCUUUCAGAAGGUGAAGAGUCCAGGAUGGAUAAAGGCUGGCCGGCUGAGUGGAGCCGUGGCUCCGUGGGUAAGAGGAACAUGGUGGUAGCAGACGACGCAGCCUUCAGAGAGAAGAGCAAGCUGCUCACAGCCAUGGAGCGACAGAAGUGGCUCAACUCCUACAUGCAGAAACUGCUGGUUGUUAACACAAAAUGA